GUCACGCACACACAUCAGACACGCUUUGGGCGAUCUUUGUUCCUUUCACCCUUUUAACUCGCUUAAUAAUUUAAUGCCCGCGAAGCGCAUCGCCCUCAAGCGGGCAGCAGAGCCGAUUCAACCCGAGAAGGAAUCCGCUGCGCCGUCUGCCGCACUCAUUCCAUCGACAUCCGCCCCUGAACCGGAGACGCCGCCAAAGGUGAUCAUGUCGAAAGCCCAGCGCCGCAAACUGAAGAAGCCCCCGGUUGUAGUGACGACGGAGAUGAAGGAGAAGGCUCGUGAGGAGAAGCGUGAGCAGCGCAAGUACCUCCGUAUGAUCAAGUCCAACGGUGCGCGGCGGAAAGUGGCAAUAUUUAACGCGAAGAGAGCGCGCGAAACGAAUGCGAACGAGGAGGCGGUCAGCGCCUUUGAUUCGGACUACCGCCCGCUGAAGAAGGGACGGCGCAUGGAGUAA